AACAACAAAAGACUGUUUUGUACACAUAAACAGUGGUUGUCACCGAAAACAAGAGUUUAACCUUAGAAUAUUAAAUAAAACAAAUAAUAUUAUUAUAAACAUGUCUGGUUUAAGUGGUUACGACGGCGAAGCAGUAGGCUUUGACUCCGUAACGCUCAAUAAAAGUGAGAAAACUGAUUCGUCGACACAAACAACGAAUUUUCAAGAGUCUGGAGUUGGAACACAGACUAACGUGCAGAAAGAAAGCGGGUCGUUGGCUACACCUGAAGAUUUAAACGCACAGGAUGAUAUUCUCAAAGAAUACCCACCGCCUGGACUGAACGAGUUCUUACAGAAGGUCAUGCCCACAAUGAUGGAGCAACUGGACCAAAGCGACAGAGAAUUACUUUAUAACUCUAGCGAUUCUGAUGAGGAGGAGGUCCUCAAUGCUAAGUUGUUCCAAACCAUUAAACUGACUGACUUACCCGGUUUAGGGGGCGGGGAUGAGUCCCGCUGUGUCCUGGACAUCUGUUGGAGCAGCGCCGGCAACUCCCUCGCCGUCUCCAUCGGCAAAAGUCAACACGAAAACUGGUGCACAGAUGUCGGUUUAAUCCGAAUUUUUACCAUCAAACGCACAGCGGGCGACACUUUUGUCAGAAGCUUAGAUGUCACAGAGAAGAGUUGUAUCAAUAAAAUAAAGUACCAUCCGUCCGUAGCGGCUUUACUCGCUUACGGGACGACCUCUGGUGAAGUUGUUUUGUGUAAUUUGAGGAAUUUGGAUGCUGUCCUACUCACGUCGCCGGCUGGGUCGCACAGUUCCAAACGCGUGACAGGGCUUAAAUGGGCGGACGCAACCUUAGCCAACAGCUACCUUACAAUGCACAUUGUUAAUACAGGGAAGCGACGCGGCGCGUCCGACCACAUUCUGAUGUCGUCAGGGUGCGACGGCAGCUUGAACAUUUGGCAAGUGAAUGCCAACCUCAAAAUAUUCGAGAACGUUAUUUGUUAUCACAUCAACGGGUCGCGGCUUUCGACUCCGGUUAACGUCACCUGCUUCGACUUUAUAAAGACAUAUCCAUUAAGACCGAGCGAUCAGAAGGUUCCCGAUGAUAUUUUCGUCGUUGGGUCAACUACGGGGAAACUGUAUCUUUGUAAGACGAAGACUUAUCAUUCGAUUCCCAACAGUAAGAUGGUGGACCCUGUGUAUCAGAUGUUGGAGGGGCACGCCACGUAUGUGGUGGACGUGGCCUUCAGCGUCCAGAAGCCUGGAGUCUUCGUGUCGGCGUGCGUCGAGUCUGAACUGAGGGUCUAUGAUAUUAAUCACAAUAGCCCGAUGAUGGUAAUUAUGCACGAUAUGUCAAUAUCCUGCCUCGCGUGGCUCCCGAACAACCCGUGCGUGGUGCUGCUGGGGCUGGCCCGGCCCGAGGGUCAGCUCAUCAAGGUGUACAACGUGUGCAGCGGCCGCGCCCUGCCUGUAGACGGGCUGACGGGGCCCGGCGGCUUCGUGACCGCUGUCACUGUCAAUCAGAGCGGUGUUUGCCGCAUAGCCGCCGGUGAUUCAGACAGCAACGUUCACAUCUGGGAGUUGCCAUCACGCCGCAUAAGACUGACCCCCGAAGAUCUGGACUUUUAAAUAACUAGGUGCAUUCAAUUACAAAGACUUAUUGCAUUUAUUACGUUAUAAUAGUCCUGUGUAAGAUUAUUUUAACAUAACCUUAGUUACCCUGUAUGGAAAACCAACAUUCUGGAAAUUUUAAAAAAAUGCUUUCGUUUAAAUUGGUAGGUACAUUUUUUCAUUAAAAUCGUAGGAACAUAAUAUAAAGGGCUUAGAAAUGACAUCUUUAAACAAGUGUAAAAUUAAGAUGGCUGUCGGGUGUGUGCUGUCAAAUUACGGCGGGAAAAAAUAUUUGUCGACGGCGCGAUGUCAUCAAUUUAAUAUUGUAAGUAUUUGCACAGUCUUACUAUGUGAUACUGUGUUACAGUAACAUGUGUUGUGUUGUCCGAUAGACAGUCGCGAGGUAA